UUGGCAGUGCAACACGAAUGCAUUCCGCAAGCCAUUCUCGGCAUGGACGUGCUGUGCCAGGCGAAGUCUGGGAUGGGGAAGACGGCCGUGUUCGUCAUCACGGUUUUGCAGCAGCUCGAUCCGGUGCCGGGCGAGGUCGGCGCGGUGGUGAUGUGCCACACGCGCGAGCUGGCGUACCAAAUUUCGCACGAGUUUGAGCGCUUUUCUACGUUUUUGGGCGACGUGACGACGGCGGUCGUUUUCGGCGGCAUCCCCAUCGCCCAGCAAAAGGAGCAACUUAAGUUGCAGCCUCCGAACAUCGUCGUCGCGACGCCGGGUCGUUUGAAGGCGCUCGCGCAGGACGGUACCUUGAACCUCAAGAAGUGCGCGCACUUUGUGCUCGACGAGUGCGACAAGAUGUUGGAAGCCGUCGACAUGCGCGCCGACGUGCAGGAGAUUUUCAAGAUGACUCCCCACGACAAGCAGGUGAUGAUGUUCACCGCGACGCUCUCCAAGGAGCUCCGCGCGCUGUGCAAGAAGUUUAUGAACGAUCCGAUGGAGAUUUUUGUCGACGACGAAACCAAACUCACGCUGCACGGUUUGGUGCAGCACUACGUCAAGCUGGAAGAGGCGGAGAAGAACCGCAAGUUGAACGAUUUGUUGGACUCUCUCAUGUUCAAUCAAGUCGUCAUCUUCGUUUCCAGCGUGCAACGUUGCAAGGCUUUGGACAAGCUCUUGCAAGAGUGCAACUUUCCAUCCAUCGCCAUUCACGGUUCGAUGGGCCAAGAAGAGCGUUUAGCGCGCUACAAGUCGUUCAAAGAUGGUGACAAGCGUAUUCUUGUCGCCACCGAUCUCGUCGCGCGCGGUAUCGAUAUCGAGCGCGUGAACAUCGUCAUCAACUACGACAUGCCGUCCAGCGCGGAUACGUAUUUGCACCGCGUCGGUCGCGCCGGUCGCUUCGGCACCAAGGGUCUCGCCGUCACGUUCGUCGCCUCGUCCGAAGACACCGAGGUCUUAAGCUCUGUACACGAGCGCUUCGAAGUCGAGAUCAAGGAGUUACCGGACGAGAUCGAUCAAUCGACGUACAUGCCGAGCUAA